AUGGAGGCUAUUUGGGUGUACCAGUUUAGGCUGAUAGUCAUUGGGGACUCCACGGUGGGAAAAUCGUGCCUGAUCCGUCGUUUCACUGAGGGCCGCUUUGCCCAAGUGUCGGACCCCACAGUUGGGGUCGAUUUCUUCUCAAGGUUGGUGGAAAUCGAGCCAGGAAAGCGGAUUAAGCUUCAGAUUUGGGAUACAGCUGGCCAGGAGAGAUUCAGGUCCAUAACUCGUGCAUACUACAGGAAUUCGGUGGGAGGACUUCUCUUAUUCGACAUUACCAACCGCAGAUCCUUCCAAAAUGUCCAUGAGUGGUUGGAAGAGGCCAAAGUGCAUGUCCAGCCAUUCCAGAUCGUUUUUGUGCUGGUCGGCCAUAAAUGUGACCUGGCAGCCCAGCGGCAAGUUUCCAAGGAAGAGGCAGAAAAGCUUGCUGCUGCCUACCGGAUGAAGUACAUUGAGACAUCCGCAAGAGAUUCCAUCAAUGUUGAACAGGCCUUCACUGACCUGACAAGGGAUAUUUAUGAACUUGUGAGGAGGGGCGACAUUGUGAUGCAAGAGGGUUGGGAAGGAGUGAAGAGUGGUUUUGUUCCAAAUGUGGUCCACUCAUCAGAGGAAGCUGUCAAAUCAGGCAGGAGAUGCCUCUGCUAA